CCUGGCAACCCUUUAUAUCACCACACAUGCGCAGUGAGAUUUCCUUCGCAUCUGGCGCCAAACCCAAGCUGCUCGACUGGAAACAUGUCUAAAAAGAAAGGACUCAGCCUGGAGGAGAAAAGGAGUCGUAUGAUGGAGAUAUUUUUUGAAACUAAAGAUGUGUUUCAGCUGAAAGACAUGGAAAAAAUCGCCCCCAAGUCCAAAGGAAUCACUCCCAUGUCGGUGAAAGAGGUGUUGCAGAGUCUGGUGGAUGAUAACAUGGUGGACACCGAGAGGGUGGGCACCUCCAACUAUUUCUGGGCGUUCCCCAGUAAAGCCCUGCACGCCCGUAAACGCAGAUUAGAGGAGCUGGAGACACAACUUGAGGAUGGGAAUCAGCGUAAAAAAGCCCUUCAGCAAGCAGUUGACAAAGCCAAAGUGGGACGUGAAGUUACCGAGGAGAGACAGGAUCUGCUGAAGGAGAUCGCAGCACUGAAGCCUCAGAGAGAUCAGCUGAAGGCCGAACUGGAGAAGUACAGAGAGUGUGAUCCUCAGGUGGUCGAGGAGAUCCGCAAGGCAAACAUUACAGCGAAAGAAGCCGUGUCUAGAUGGACGGAUAAUGUUUUUGCAAUCAAAUCCUGGGCAAAAAAGAAGUUCGGCUUUGAGAACAGCAACUUGGACAAAGCCUUCGGGAUCCCUGAGGACUUUGAUUACAUUAACUGACUGAUCAGAAACUCGCAGGAUCUUGGGAUUGUUUGAUCUGUGUUUCUGUGAUUCAGUUUGUUUUAUGUUUGGUUAUCAGUUCUGCACGUUCGAGACAAAGCUGAGACUUCUUGACAUCUGCCACACCCUUGUCUAGUCCAAGGAGAACAUCGAGACUGAUUUGUCAGCACAGACGGGUAAACAGUGGUGAAAACACUCCUGGUGUGUACGCGGAGAACAGUUGUGUUAACCCCUUGCUGCUCAGAGAUGCACUCUGUCUCUCUCAAUCCAAGGAAAUGAAUCACAGGGUAGAGACGCGUGAAAUUAUUCACUUGUGGAAAAACAAAGCAUGCACUUGUUUCUAUAUAAUGUAGGAAUGUGUUAUGAGUUUGAAGUUAAUUCAGAUGUUCAGAUCACUUCAGAUGCUUUAAUCUUUGGUUUGCAUUUAUCAUUAUUGAUCAUUUUUCACCGUGCACGUAUUUUUGUGCAUCUUGCAAAUAUGAAAAACGGUCAUUUGUUUUGUGUAAUACGAUUUAAUAAAUGUAGUUAUCAAGCAAA